ACUCGUGCCGCGCCACAGCGGUUGGGACUCACUCUUUUCAGCACUACACAACGUGAUUGGUCAGCGUUCAACACAGUGUAGAGAAAGUUAAAUACGUAAAUAUUUGUAUUUUUUAUUUCCGUUGUUGUCAAAAUGAAAGCAACAAAAGAAUUAUAUAUUAAUAAUAUCUGUAUUGAUGAUGGAUCAGUUGUCCACAAUUCCCUUUUCCUCAUUUAGAUAUAAAUUGCCUAUGUGGUCACCCCCGCUUCCAUGUUCUACUGUGGUUGGGCUCAGCGUGGAAUGUGUGAACACCACUGCAUUAAAACAAACAUCUUUGACCGCAGUCAUGGUAGAAAUGAUGGAAAGUGUGAUGCACUGCGAGGUGAUGAACCCUGAGCGCAUACAAGCAUUUAACACGUGGGUAAAAGCAACCAACACUAAACUGACUCAAAUAAAUGGUCAAAGGAAAUAUGGAGGACCACCUGAAGAGUGGAAUGGCCCGGUUCCAGGUGCCGGAUGUGAGGUCUUUAUCAGCCGGCUCCCACGUGACGUUUACGAGGACCUGCUCAUUCCUCUCUUCAGCUCUGUAGGACCUCUGUGGGAGUUCAGGCUGAUGAUGAACUUCAGUGGGCAGAACCGUGGUUUUGCUUACGCCAAGUACAGCUCAUCCGCCGUAGCUGCUCAGGCCAUCUUCAAGCUUCACGGACAUGUGCUGGUGCCCGGGGCUAACAUUAGUGUGUGUUACAGCACUGAGAAGAGAAACCUCUAUAUUGGAACGCUGCCAAUCACUAUGACGCAUGACAAGCUAUUAAAGGUGCUGGAGAUGAUGGUGGAAGGGGUGGAUAGUGUGUCUCUGAGGAUGGACAUGGAUGGGAAGUGGGCCACGUUGGUCUUCACUUCUCAUCAUGCUGCCUCCAUGGCCAAAAAGGUGCUGGCUGAAGCUUUUCAAAAGAGGUUUGCAUUGACCAUCUUAGUCAAGUGGCAGACAGCUCUGAAUCCAAACCACAAUGAGCCACCUUUGACGCUGAGCAAGCGGCAUCUUGGCACCAUUCCUGCCCCACCUGGUUUGAAUCAUUCUGCCCACGUGGCUUCUGCACCCAAUGUGCCACGCUCCCCAACAACAGCAGAAUGCCCCACGGCCCACCUGCUUCUUUCCUCCUCUUCUCCCUCCGCUCCCAGAGCGCAGCAAUUGUCUCAGGAAGAACGGGCGAUGCGGCUGCACAAGCUGUGUAAGUUGCUUGAUGUUGUAAAGCCACGCUGUGACGUGAUCCUCUGUCAUGCAGCAGUCGAUGGAUUCCUUCACUUCAACUACAAAGUGCACAUUCCAAUGGUAACCGCACCCUUCACAGGCAGGGUCAUGGUCCUGCCAGGACCCUGUGCCAUCAGCGUGCUAGAGGAUGCUCGGCAGGCUGCAGUACAGCAGGUCAUGCAGAAAUUCUUCCGUGGUCAGUUCAGCCUGUAAUGAGCUCCAACUUAUUAUUUUUCUUUCUACAGAAUGUUUCUAAUCAUGUUUCGUAUUGCUGUGGUUUCCGAGUUUGCUGAAUUAUGCAUGUUUUAAUUAGAAGUGCUGGUUACAUUGUUUUACGUUUGUUUUAUGCAUGCCGUUGUUUGUUAAUGUUGAAUUGUUUUAGUAAAACAGACUGAAAAAAGUGUUCUGGUUAGUUGGUCUGAAUUCUUCUACAUACAUUUGCAAAAUAAAAAGCCACUGUGAACCUGUUAUCAUUAAAUAUUUUGAGCCCUAGUGUUUGAAGGGUUAAAGCAUAUUAAUAAAACCACUUUAAUAAUUCCACCUAUUCAUUUUGCAGAGGGAAAAUGUUUAACGCCAACCAUGAUUUAGGUUUUCACGAUGGACCCUGCCUUUUCUCUGACAAUAGCUAUAAUUGGUUCCCUUUAUCUAGGGAUCAUUUAGUUGAAAGGUCCAUUAAGGUGAUGUACAAACACAUUCAGGAAGUACUCCAACACUCAACG